UCAUGGACCAGAGGUCCGGAGAAGCAGACGAGGCCUAUCACGCCCAGAUGCUGGCCUGGAGUACCGAAACAAAGAAACGGGCAGAUGACGCAGCAGCAGCGAAGAAGAAGGCAAAGGACGCCGAGCAGGCACGUCUGCUGGCACUUGAACAACAGGGCCAGCAUAAUGAGGCAGCAGCAAAGGCUGCCGAUGAAGAAAGAAUUCAACGUCGUGAGAAGAUAUUUAGCGGAGAGCAGACUUUGCUCAAAAUGGCAGCGGAAUGGCGGACCGAGGCCGAGAAUGGCAAGUUGGAGGAUAGUGAAAACAAGAUCGCUCUCCUCCUCUCCCAUCUCACAACCUGCAUUACACAGCAGGAGGACAUCCACAGCCUCGACGACUCGCUAGCUCACAUCCAAGGCCAUCUCCGGCAGUUGGAGCAGCGACCUGUUGCCGCCCCCGAUGCAAGCUCUUCCAACACCUUCGAUCGCCUCGAAGCAUUGGAGAUGGGCGUCGGCUCCCUCAAGGUCGACGUAAAGUUACAGCAGACCGCAACGCAACAGUUGGAACAACGGAUCUGCACUGCCGCCAACCCCUCGAGUUCGGAACCACGCGAGACAGCUCCAAAGUUUUACGGGCAGGAGAUCUUCUGCGACUCAAUGAAGAUAAAUCCGAUUCCAUGGUUCCGCAAGUUCGAGCUCACGCUGCAGCUACACAACAUCAAAGAGCACAAGCACCACACAUACUUAUACUCUCGCUCAGGGGGCGCGUGCCAGGCUUGGCGGGACAAUCUCUUGUCCAAGUACGGAGUGGUAGCUGCCGACUUGCACACCAAGAUCAGUUGGGAUGAUCUGAAGGCGGCGCAAGGGCAAACAGGGAAACUGAGCACCGCCGAGAGUGACUCGACGACACUUUCGACGCCUCCGGAACCGGUCUCUUCGCGAGUGACCGGCCUUCAUUCCGAGGCGCAAGCGGAAGUCGAUAGUCCUCCUCUUCUAUUCUCUUUUGAGGACUAUGCUGCCCGGCUCGUUCCUACGUUGGGUACUCAAGCUCAAGGACAAGACGUGUGUGCGACAUCUUCUCCGUCCGAUAGCGGCGACUUAUCGUCUUCAAGUGGUUCUUCACGGGAUUCGGCGCGCGAGUUCAACAUAGAGGUAUUGGACCCGCUCACGUCCGAGGACUUUGCAUGGCUUCCUCUCCCAACCACGGGCCGCUUGCCGGGACCGCAAUGCGCAGCACUAUGCGCUCAUCUCCACACAUACUUAUCCUUCUAUGCACCACCAACUCCACCGACGGAUGACGAAGUCGCGGUGGGGAACAUCCUUGCGUAUGUUACCAAGGUGGCCCGCAAGUUUUGCAUGCAGCGGUACGAUGACAACAACGCACCGCUCAUGUAUGUCCGCAUCCAGGUUGGACAAGCGUCCUGCAGCGCUUUGCUGGAUAGCGGCGCGUCUCGCAAUUUCAUGAGCCAAGCCUUUAUGCAAAGGGUUGGCCUUGGCGCACAAGUUCAGAGGAAGGCAAACCCGACGGCGAUCAAGUUGGCGGAUGGAAAUACGCAGCAACUUCUCGACCGUUACAUCGAAGACGUACCGGUUUAUUUCACACCUCAUGCACGCAAACCGGUGACGUUCGAUAUUCUCGACACGGACUUCGACAUCAUUCUGGGAAUGCCUUGGCUUGCAAGUGCGGAUCACACGGUCAACUUCCACCGGCGGACUCUUAGCGUUCGCGACGCCUUCUGCGCGGAAGUGGCGUGCACUAUUCCUCUACCGCACCCUUCGAUUCGGUGCCAAGUGGUGACGGCCAAAUCAUUCCGGACGACUUGCGCUUACGAGCAGCCCGCGGAAAUCAGCCUAUGUUUCAUGCGGAUCGUCGCGGCAGCCGACUCUUCACUCACGGACUUGUCUUUGGACCCCCGUGUGGUGCGGUUGCUGGACGAGUCCGCCGACAUCUUCGAGUCACCUACCGGUGUGGUGCCGGAUCGGCCGAUCUCUCACGAGAUCAUUCUUGAGGCCGGUGCCGUGUCGCCGAAAGGUUGCAUCUAUCGGAUGAGCGAGGAGGAGCUUAAGACGAUAUUCGUCUAUAGCCGGUCAUUGGAGGAUCAUCUGGAACAUCUUCGACGAGUGUUGGAGACGCUUCGCCGCGCCAAGUACAAGGCCAACCGCGACAAGUGCGAAUUUGUCCGGCAAGAGCUGGAAUACUUGGGCCAUUUUAUCACACCGGAGGACAUCAGUCCGCUAUCGGACAAGAUUCAAGCCAUCCAAGAGUGGCCGGAGCCUCGGAACGUCACGGAUGUCCGCUCGUUCCUUGGUCUCGCCGGCUACUAUCAGCGUUUCAUCAAAGGCUACUCGAAGAUCGCGGCCCACUUGACCAAGCUUCAAUGCGAGGAUCGACCGUUUGACUUCGGAGAGGAGGCGCGAAAAUCAUUUUUGACUCUCAAAGCCGCGCUAUUAUCUGCGAAGGUUUUGCGGAUAUACGACCCGCUUUUGCCUACGCCCGUCACUACGGAUGCGUCAAGCUAUGGCAUUGGUGCAGUCCUUGAGCAACAUGAUGGUGUGGGCUGGCACCCGGUCGAGUAUUUCAGCAAGAAAGUGCUCGUCAAGCAUUCCAUUGACGAUGCACACAAGAAGGAGCUCCUCGCCUUCGUCCACGCGCUCAAGCGGUGGCGGCACUUCCUCCUUGGUCGAAGCCAAUUCCGAUGGGUAACGGACAACAAUCCGUUGGUCUUCUACAAGACCCAAGACACCGUCAACAGCACCAUCGCUCGAUGGAUGGCUUUCAUCGACCAAUUCGACUUCUUUCCCGAUCACAUUCCCGGGAAGUCGAACCAUUUCGCGGAUGCUCUUUCACGGCGYCCGGAUCAUUGUACCGCGGUCUACUCAACCUUCGAAAUCGACGACAACCUGCGGAACAGCUUCAUCCGCGGCUACCAAGCCGACCCCGAGUUUCGCGACAAGUACGCGAAUUGCUCCUCUCCUAAUCCGGCUCCUUCUCACUACCGGAUCCAAGAGGGGUACUUGCUUGUCCACACGCGGGGGAAGGACCUCCUUUGCGUACCGAGUGAUCCUCACUUGCGUACACGGCUUCUUGGCGAGUUCCACGAUACUCCCGCCACCGGACACUUUGGAGUCAAUCGCACGAUUGGCCAACUUCGCAAGAGAUUUUGGUGGCCCGACCUUCUCGGCGAUGGCACGCGCUAUUGCAAGUCAUGCGAAGUUUGUCGACGCUGCAAAUCCCGCAACCAUUGUCCGAAUGGUGAGUUACGACCAUUACCGGUCCCGUUGAGGCGAAGGGAAGCGAUUGCCAUGGACAUUACCGGCCCGUUCCCCAAGCACAAGACCGGAGUGGAUGGGAUUCUCACGGUGGUCGACCGACUCACCAAGUUCGCCAUGUUUUUGCCUUGUCGCUAUCAUGCCAAGGCACCGGAGUUGGUCGAGGUUCUCUACGCCGGUUGGAUUCGAACCAAGGGUUACCCCAAGGAAAUCGUCUGCGACCGCGACACUCGGUUCAUGUCUGAUUUUUGGUUGGUGCUCAUCAAGCGAUGGGGCUCAUCUAUCAAGCCCAGUUCAGCUCGCCACCCUCAGACCGAUGGCCAAACAGAGAGGGCGCACCAGUCCGCGCAGGUUCUCCUUCGCACUCUCAUUCGUCCGGACCAGAAGGACUGGGUUGAGCGGCUGCCGGAUGUCGAGUUGGCCUACAACUCUUCCAUCCACCCGGCUAUCAGGAUGUCGCCUUUCGAGUUCGAGCAUGGCUCGUCGGUCACUUCACUGUUGGACACUAUCACUCCACAAACGGCCGAGAGCGACGACCAUCUUCUUUUCUUGUGUCGGAUGCAAGAGCUACUUGUCAAGUCAUGCGACCAGAUGGCCAAGACGCAGCAACGCAUGAGCCAGCAGGCCAAUCGCUAGCGUCUUCCUUGCCCAUUCUGCGCCGGCGAUCUCGUUUGGGUCUCCACCGC